UGCCCUGCCGCCUCUGCAUGCUUCCGUCACUGGCUGACGGGUUGUCAGUCACUUUCACUGGUGGUCACAGCCCAUCGCAUGUAGGAGAUCUCCCUGGCAAGGGUUCUCAUGUGUGAUGGGACUGUAGCAGGUCAGGUUUUAAGGCUACACCUGUUUGUGCCAUUAUCAAAACUAUACAGCUACAAUACAUAGCUGUACUUCCAGGCCACGGAAUUUUUAUGAAGCGUUUAUGUGAUUAUGUGUGUGAUCUGCUUCUGGAAGAAUCGAAUGUUCAACCGGUUUCUACGCCAGUCACUGUUUGUGGAGACAUACAUGGGCAGUUUUAUGAUCUGUGUGAACUCUUCAGGACUGGAGGACAAGUGCCUGACACAAACUAUAUAUUUAUGGGCGAUUUUGUAGACCGAGGGUAUUAUAGCUUGGAGACAUUCACUUACCUCCUUGCUCUAAAAGCCAAGUGGCCUGACCGCAUUACACUGCUGAGAGGGAACCAUGAGAGUAGACAAAUCACACAAGUAUAUGGAUUCUAUGAUGAGUGCCAAACAAAAUACGGAAAUGCCAAUGCAUGGCGGUACUGUACCAAGGUGUUUGAUAUGCUGACAGUAGCAGCUUUGAUAGAUGAACAAAUACUCUGUGUACAUGGUGGCUUGUCUCCCGACAUAAAGACCCUGGAUCAGAUCCGGACCAUUGAGCGCAAUCAAGAAAUCCCUCACAAAGGAGCCUUCUGUGACUUGGUGUGGUCCGACCCAGAGGAUGUGGACACUUGGGCUAUCAGCCCUCGAGGGGCUGGCUGGUUGUUUGGAGCCAAGGUCACCAAUGAGUUUGUGCACAUAAAUAACCUGAAGCUGAUCUGCCGAGCUCACCAGCUAGUACAUGAGGGCUACAAAUUUAUGUUUGAUGAAAAGCUUGUGACUGUCUGGUCCGCCCCAAACUACUGCUACCGCUGCGGAAAUAUCGCCUCCAUUAUGGUUUUCAAGGAUGUGAACACUCGAGAACCAAAAUUAUUUCGUGCAGUCCCAGACUCAGAGCGGGUUAUUCCACCCAGAACCACCACACCGUACUUCCUCUGAAGCCUCACCACCUUUUCUUUUGUACUGUGCUGGAUUUUUCCUUCUUCCCUUUUUUUUUUUUUUUUUUUUUUUUCUCUCUUUUCUUCUUCCUUUAUUUGAGGCACUUUGCUGCUGAUAUGCAGCAUCUUGCCUUUAUGCUUUUAAAUUAUCAAACAUAUAUUGUUUAUAUUUCUUUUUUAAAUAUAUAUAUUUUUUGUUUAAGAGGUGUACAGAAGUAUACUGCAAUGAUUACUGCAACAAAGGGUUUUUUUUUUGUUUUCUCCUUGAUGUGGGAUAGGGGCAGAUUAACAAAAAGGGGUGGGGGGAGAUGGUUUAUGACCAAAUCUGGUACUGCAGUCUGUAACACAAGACAGAAUCAGCAAAAAUGUAAAAUGUAAUUUAUUGUUGCCAAAAUGUUUAAACAUAAAUGGACAGUGUUUUUUGUUUUUUUUCUAGCGGAAUCUAAUUUGUGGAACUAAAUGUUUUUUUGUUUCAUUUUGCUUUUAGGCGUAAAAAUGAUGAGCUUCAUUUGUCAUUGUUCAUAUGCAAUUUGAACAUUUGUUAAUGAUCAAUCUCCCAUACAUUAAGGAUAGUAAUAAAUAACUCUAUUUAAAGGUAAUUUCAGAGUUUAAGUAUUCCUCUUCUCUAUACUUCUCCGAAUUUGUGUGUGGCUGCGUACCUCUGCUGUUAUAGGAGGAAUUGUUGCAGCAGUAUCAAGAUAUAGUCUGGGUAAAUCAACCUAAGUUAAACAUGGUCAGGCUAGUAAAGACUCGGGACUAUGAAAGGACAGAGUGCUGAAAUAUUGGUGAUCUGAGCCCCAUCUAAUAACUAUGGGUGGGUUGGGUAUGCGUGACCAGCGGUCAGGAGGCCACCGGUCAGCAUAACUACACCAGCAGCGUAAUGGUGUGUAGGAGAGGGGGCUGUGUGAGCGCAACAAGCCCCUUGUGGGCUCGGUGGUGACCUACGCUCGCCACAGGUUCUAUUCCCACUAUAUGGGUGUCGUGGAUGCCCAUGAGCUGGAAUAGUCCCUGCUAAUCUGCAUGCCGACUGUCUGGCUUCUCAGGGGGCGGGAUGUAGGGGAAGGUGUUGUGACCGCCGGUCACGUAACUACAUCCGUUAUGGGUUUAUAGCUGCGUAGCAGGGAUCAUGAGCACUCUGCAGCUACGGAAUAAAAAAAAGUGUUAUGACCUUUACAACUGAACUUCAUCUUAAGUUCCAGUUGUGUUGAUGAGAAGUAUAGCGAAAAAUGCAUCUCCCCAAUACAAUAAUACUUUGUGUUAUAUUUAUAGUUCUGGAAUGAAUAUAUAUAUAUAUUUACACCAAUAGUUGCAACUCGUUUCCCAUAUAAAGUAACUUAAACAUUGAGCGUUUAAUUUCUUUGCGAAACAGCUGCAGUGGUUUAAGUAUUGUUGGCAGCAUGGGUUUUGUAAAAAAAAAAAAAAAUUUAAAAGGUUUUUUAUUUUGUUUGAGCUUUUAGUACCCAUAGCUGAAGGUCCAAGGAAUGCAGUUUAUAGAGCCCAGAGAAUAUAAUCUAUUCGUUUUCUUGGAACCAGUGUCGCUACUGCGAUGGAGAUUGAAUGGAAUAGGCUACAUUUUCCCAAAUAUUAGGCCCAGAUUUAUCAAGCCUUGGAGAGUGAUAAAAAAAAAUUGCAUGGUGAUAAAGUACCAACUAGUCCUUUCCUGUCAGUUUUUUAAAACGCAGCCUGUAACAUGGUAGUUAGGAGCUGAUUGUUGGUACUUUUAUCACAGUGCAAUUUAUCACUUUCCAAGGUUUGAUAAAUCUGGGCCUUAGUUUGGCCCUCACACUGUCUUUCCAUGUUCCUUGUACGCAAGUCUUGAGCUAGGGGAAAAUGUUUUAGACAAGUUUACAACAUGGCAUUAGUGAUAUACUGUUCAUAACUAUUUUCUCUGGCUUUACCAUAUUCACUAUUCUGACCCAUAUUUAAAACCCACUCACUCUGUUCUCAUCUCGCUUUAUUUGUCCUACAGUAGGAUAAGAAAUGUUUCAGCAGCAAAGUUAUUACAGGACUGAUUGUAAAUGCCUUGUGUUGUGUGUGCGAUGUACUGUACAUCAACCCUUAUCCGAAAUGUUGUUUUAAAGCGGAUAUAUGUAAGAAAAUAAAAACAUUGUCGAGGGCUGCUUUUUUUUUUUUUUUAAAUAGAGAAUUUAUCGACACCGCAGCUUUUGGUCUUUCUACAUUUAAGAUAAUUGUACUUAUUAGGUUAUCUCCCUUCCAGAUAUCUUGUAUUUUAAUAAAGUAAUCACAAAAGCCACUUAGCUUUUAAAUAAUUGGAAAUAAAAUGCGUUGGUCUGUAA